UAGCGAGGUGCCCCUAUCACUUUAUCGCGCAUUGUCUCUCUCUGUGUUGUUCUCUCAGUGAGCGGAGUAUGUUGGCUCUGCUGCUGCUCCUCCUCAUCUUGUGUGCAGGUGAUGCACAGAUACAGGUGUCCACCAACGUGGUGGACAUCUUGGUCACUGAGCGUAGCGGAUUCUCCGUCUCCCUCACUGAGAGUUCAUCCAAGGAGAGAGUGGAUGUGCGCCCGUACGAAGGCGAAGACGUCCUGGCAUCGCCCGGAAACCUGACGUUCUGGUUGAAGGAGAACGAGACGCGUUGGAUCAACGUUUCAGCUACGAGAGCCGGACACGCUGUCAUCUCCGUCAACAGCGCGGACACUGAGCAUUUUGUGACGGUGAACGUGUUCAAGGUUCGCUGGUUGAACGUCCUGAGUGCUAUCUUUGGUUGGGUCUACUUCGUCGCCUGGUCUGUCUCUUUCUACCCCCAGAUCUACCUCAACUGGAAAAGGAAAAGUGUGGUAGGACUUGACUUCGACUUCGUCUUUCUGAACGUCACUGGGUUCGUGGCCUACUCCACCUUCAACCUAGGCAUCUUCUUCAGCACCGUAGUUCAGGAGGAAUACUUGUCGUCGCACCCGUCAGGAGCAAUUCCCGUGCAGGUCAACGACAUCGUAUUCAGCCUUCACGCUACCCUGGCCACCGUCAUCACUGCCAUUCAGUGCCUCAUAUACGAGCGACAGAACCAAACAAUCUCCCUGGCUGCCCGUAUCCUCUUGGGGGCACUGUGGCUGGCAGCGCUUAUCUUCCUCCUGGUCACCGUUGCCGGAGUCAACCCUUACACCCCGUGGUUCACCUUCUUGAACUUCGUCUCCGGCGUCAAGUUGGCCAUAACCCUCAUCAAGUAUAUUCCGCAGGCAUUCUUCAACUUCCGGCGAAAGUCCACCAUUGGCUGGAGUAUCGGCAAUAUCCUUCUCGAUUUUACCGGAGGGGUAUUCAGCAUGUUGCAGAUGUUUGUCAUCGCCUACAACUUCGAUGAUUGGACCUCAUUGUUCGGCAACGUGACCAAGUUCGGCCUCGGAGUCGUCAGUAUCGGCUUCGACGUCUUGUUCAUGCUACAACACUACGUCUUCUUCAGCAGUCAUAAAAAAAAGUCGCACCCAACGCCUUAUGCAGAAGCGCUGUCAUCUUCAACGUGACGCGUGUAAAAUAUCACUGUCACGAACCCGAGACGCUACGGUCACUACCUACUAUACCGAUACGAUUACAGAACACUGGUUGAUGAAAAGACAGCCGGGGUUGGAACUAGGGUUGCCACCUGUCCGGAUUUCACCCGAACAGUUCGGAAAUGCAAGGAUUGAGUUCGGUGUCAAGGUGUAAUCCGGACAUAAAAUAUUCCAAAAUUGGCCAAGU